AUGUUCACGAGGAUAGCCAUCAAGCCUAGAUUUGCCUCUACGGUUAUGUUUAACACUUUCAGACCUUUCUCUGGAGAUACAAAGAUUAGGUUUAACCAUCAUUCUGGGGAUGAACAAGUCCAAAUCUCUCAACUCAAGGUUUACAGAAAGCUCAAAUUUGAUUACUUGCAUGGAUUGCCAUACGAUCUUUCAGGAACGCACUCAGUUCCAAAAUUAGAUCAAAGGAAUCUUAUUGAGGCAUUCUUUGAAUCUAAAAAGAUAGAGGAUGAGUUCCUAGUCAACAAAUUCCACGAUAUGGUAUCAGAUCUCUACACAGCUAUUGCUGAUAAGGACUUAAGCCAAGUGGCUUCUCUAACAGAGAAAAGAUUUGGGACGAAAAUUGUUGAAUCAAUUGAUGCCAAUAAAAAUCCUCUCAAGUUUAUCCCAAACGAUACGCCUAACGCAGAAAGAGAUGAAGAAGACCAAUCCUAUCUCUUUGAUAAAAUAUUCGAAAAAGGAGUUUUCUUUGAUAGAGAGAGGAAUGAUAACAAUUAUGACUACUAUUUGGACCAGACUCAAGAGCCUGAAGGCAUCAGGUACUUUGAACACAAGUAUUUUUCUGGCUACGAUACUCAUUAUUACCUCAAGAACUGUGCUGAAGAGAUAGAAGACAGAAGCUCAAAAUACAAGUUUAGACAUCAAGUCCAAGAAAGAAGCGUAUCGAUGGUUCUUAGAGUGUAUGGAGUUUUUAAGAAUGUCGGAAAGUUCAGCAGCCGCGGAGCUGAUAUUACUUCUAAUAAAUACACCGGCAAUCACAUGGUUGUCUUUGAAAAUGAACUUCACGGACCUCCCUCAAUUUCUCUAUCAUAUCCAAAUAUAGAGAGCUGGGUUAAAAGACACAAGAUUGAUCACAAGAAUUGGAAGAUCACCGACAUUGAUAACUACAUGAAAGGAAAUCCUUUCUUUAAAAAGGUGGGAGAUUCAUCUGAUUUUGAUAACUUCGUUAUCAAAAUUAAAGAAGAGCACACUCCAGAAAAGGAUGACUAUAGAAAUCUUAUUAGCAAGUACUCCUUCCGAGACAACACAGACUUUGGAGAUAGAGGAGAACGUGACGAGAGAGAUGAAUUUAUAACAAAACAGCACGAAUACAAUGAGUUCUUUGAGCCAGCUUCAAACAGAACAUUUGAGGAAGAUAAUAGAAAGAGAAUGGAAGAAGAUGCAAAGAAACUCUCUGGCAAACAAGAGGACAAUGAUAAAAUUAGAAAAGAUCACCAAGAAUACAUAUACAACAACAUUGAGGAAAUGAAGAAAAAUAACUUCAGGUUAUAA